AUGAACUCCUUCAACUUAAACUUUUCCCGUUCAAGUUCCUUUAGUUCCUCUAGUUCUAAUGAAAGAAGAUCAUCCCGAGCAAUAAUUGAUAAAGAAACAGAUGAUUUCUUGACCAAUAUUGUUCAACCACUUGCUCCAACUCUUAUAUCAAAUGUAACUCCAACACCAAGGAAUAAAAGAGCAAAAGUGACUGAUGAUAAUGAAGAAGGUCAUGCACGGCCUAAUCGAGGCAGGGAGGAAAGUCAUAGACGAUUGUUCAAUGAUUACUUUGCUGAUCAACUUGUCUAUUCAGCUCGUUUAUUUCGUCGAAGAUUUCGAAUGCAGCGGCAUGUCUUUCUUCGGAUUAUGGAAAGUGUCGUUGCAAGUGAUGUAUGGUUCACUCAAAAAAGAGAUGCUACGGGUCAGUUAGGUUUAUCGCCCCUACAAAAGUGUACAGCGGCUAUUCGAAUGCUUGCCUACAGGGUAGCGGCGGAUUCGCUUGACGAGUAUGUGCGAAUUAGUGAAAGCACAUACAGCUCGAAUAGCAUUGAUGAAAUUCACAAAGGGGGUCAUCAUGAAAUUUGGUGCGGACUACUUGAGACGGCCUACUCUAGAAGAUUUGGCUAG